AUGAAAAAGCGGUCGUCGUGGUCGUGUGCAAGCUAUCAGGGGUCUAGCCACGACUCGUUGUGCCGCUCCUUUGCUUUCUUGUUCCUCACGUCGCUCCUUGACCGCCUGCUGCUUUUCUUCCCCGCCUUCGUAUCGACACUGGUGUUGGCUGUUGGCCCCGAAUUAGUACAGCGCCUGCCCGCCGUCUGCCCGCAUCGUGAAUCGCACAGCCUCGGGAGUCGCAUACAGCUAAUCGACGUGCAUGCGCCUGCAUACUCCGCCCUAGGACCAUACAUAGCAACCUACGCACAGGGUCAUUCACCGGAUUCGCCAGCGCUCUUGCGCUUCGUCGGCCUGCGGCACAGCCCUGACCUCCCCCACAACGCUCUCGACCGCCUACACAAAGCUAUCGCCAACCCGACUACAACCACUUCGGAACGUCAACGCGCGAUUGCCAUUUUGACUUUCCCCCGGUAG